AUGCAUUUAGCAAAACCCAGCUGGCUUGCCCAUUUAGAUGACAAAAAUCAAAGAACUUCGAUUUUCUCAAUACACGUACAUCCUGACGGAACUAGAAUAGCAACUGGUGGACUUGAUAAUAAAAUCAAAUUAUGGAGCACUUUACCGAUAACUGAUGGUAGCAAAGCUCUCGAUCCUAAUGUACCAAAUUUAUUGUGUACCUUGGGCUUACAUAAUGGUUCAGUUCUUUGUGUAAGAUGGUCUAAUAGAGAUGGUCGUUAUUUGGCAUCGGGUUCAGAUGAUCAACUUUUAUUAAUAUGGGAAUGGGACAAAUCAACCGAAGGUUGGGCUGGUGGAAGCGUUUUUGGAAGCGGUGAACAAAACAUUGAAAAUUGGAAAGUUGUGCGUCGACUUACAGGGCAUCAAUCAGAUGUGGUGGAUCUUGCGUGGUCAAGAGACAAUACUUAUUUGGCCUCAUGUGGAUUAGACAAUUUAGUAUUCAUAUGGGACGGUAGAACAUUUGAAAAGUUGCAUAAAUUAGAUAUGCAUCAAGGAUUUGUCAAAGGUGUAACUUGGGAUCCCGUGGGCGAAUUUCUUGCCACUGAG